UGCAGUCAGUAGUGAUGAGCUGCUGGAUGGAGGAGCUGAGCUGAGCGGUUUGCCGCAGUGUGGAGGAGCCAGGAGUCAGUCCGGAGGAGCAUGGAGGCUGAGGAGUGAGCGCAGCCUGUUCUCACCAGGGUUCUUCUGUCCUACAGACUCUCUCCCUCCAUGGCGUCUGAGCAGCAGUCCCGCAUUCAGUCCUACCUGGAGAAGAACCGGAUCGGACCCCUGUUCGAGGAGAUGAUGACCAAGCUGAUCACAGAGACUCCAGACCACCCCAUUCCGUUCCUGAUUGGUCACCUGCAGACGAAGCAGGAGAGCCCCGGCCGGCUGCAGAGAACACUGUCCGGCUCAGCGGCGCUGUGGGCAGACAGCGGCAAUCCAGAGAGCAAAAGCAAUCGACGGGAUUUCAGGAGUUAUGAUAAAGCCUGGCAGAUUCACCCCAAAAAACCCAAGAAAUCAAAGAGUGACCUGGCAGUGUCCAAUAUAUCUCCACCCUCGCCUGAGUCUAAAUCAUUGCCUCGUUCAAUAGAGCGCCCCUCCUGGGACUGGAGGUCUGAGAGCCGAGAGUUUGACGAGCUCAACCACAUCCUGCUGGAGAGCAAGAAGCUGGGCAAAGCACUGGAGAACCUGUCUCGAAGUAUUGCCUUAUCUGACGAGCUUGACCAGGACCCGCGAGUCUAUAACUCUGUGCUGAGACCCCGUGUGGUGGGGGAGUGGGUUGGGCGUGAUGAAGUUGAUUCAGACCCUCUGGCAGCAGAGAUGCUGCAGCCCCCAGUCCCUCGCGCCAAAACUGACGGGUGUUGGGGCAGCGGAGAGAACAGCCCUGCUGGGAGUCUGAAGAUGGAGGUAAAGAAUAAAGGACUAAAGCAGCAGCAGCAGCACCAUAAGAAGCUCCUGGCGGCCAUGUUGUCCCAGGACUCUUUAGACUCCAUGACCAGUUCUGCUCCUUCUGUAACAGAGGACGAGAUGGAGGACGAGGACGAUGCCAUGGAGCUGCUCGAGGAUCUGGACGAUCUGCGGAUGGAAGGGGUCACUGGCCUGGUGCCGUCCGGCAGUAAGUUCAGCCAGGGCCGCAGCUCAUACUGCCCAGAGCCUCAGGCCAAAGUCACACUCAACAUCUGCUCAAGGUGUGCAAGGCUGCAGGGGAACAGUCUCACGCCAGGAGGAGGCGAUGAGGAGCCAGCACCUAAAAAAGUUCCCGAGCAAGCCGUGCCCGAAGUAACGUGUCCAUUGCCUGCAGUGGCAGAGUCUCUGACUGCAGCUGAGCUGGAGCUCCAGAGCGUUUCUCAAGUUUCAGCGCAGCGCUACCCGGUCUGGCCGUCGGAUCUGAAACCGGUUCGAGGCACGAGUCCGCAGGCCCAGAGACGAGCUCUACAGCUGCAGGAGUUACUCUUCUCUAAAGAACUGGAGAACAUGGGCAAACAUCUCGCUGAGGUAGAAAAGGACCUGGCCAAGCUGGCUGAACAGGGGAAACUGAGCCGAAGUCCCAACAGCCCCCACAACCGUCCACUGCUGUCCUCCAACCUGCACACCUCCAGCAGCAGCCUGCCAGUACCUGGCCUCAGCUCAAGACCACAAUCACCCAGCAAAACCACCGGCCUUCCGCUCCUCAGCACCAAACCCACCUCCCUGACCAUGAGCCGCUCUCAGUCUCCUAGCAACCCCAGCAGCCGAGCCCAGACCCCCGGCAGCCGAGCCCAGACCCCCAGCGGCGCACGGACCCCCAGCAGGCCUCUAACCCCAAACAGCCUAAUGAUGCGGUCCCUGCCCACCACCAGCCACGGCAACACGGAGCGCGUGUACGGACGCUCCAGGAGCAGACCCGUUACCCCAACCGGACAGAAAUACACUCGACCUCUGCUGACCCCUCCUGGCCUCAGCAGCACAGACAGCUUCAGUUUCAGUCUGCGCAGCACACUGUCAGAGGAUGAGUUCUACCAGCAGCUGCAGGCGGUCAGACAGCCAUGGCUCAUCCCCAGUGACACGGACAGUGACUGUCUGGAGCCUCCAGAGCAGGACAAAUGUAAUCCGAGUGCAAUGAGGGACGCCAAUAAGAGAUCAGUGUUUUCAGGCUUAUAAUGACCGGCGACCGAAGAUGUGGACCCAAUCAAACACUUAUGCAAUCUCACGGGGCAUUUUGAAUAUUGUGAAUAAACCAGAGACGCACUAUUUUUAUAAUUCCUAUAAAAUAAAAUAAAGAUUGUGUACUUUUUUCCACAGAGGAUAAUAUUUCUUAGACCCUGGCACAUUUGUAUGCUAUAAGUACGAAUACUUGAAACUAGCGAAUGUAAAACGUUGAUGAGAAUGACAUGUAUCUGCUUUUGAUUUGCCUUUUAGCAUGCUUCCCAUUGCAGAUUUACGAAGAAAAAAAAAAACAAUCACAUGGCCUUGCAUUAAUGGACACGUUGUGUAUAUGAUUUCAUGUGCCAAAUGGCUGGAAUUGGAGGAAAAAUAGCUAUUUUGAUAUUAAUUACAAUAACAAUAAUAUCAGCCUGUAUGGCACUGAAGGGAAAAAUGAAUGUUACACUGUCGUUGUCUUUAGUCAAGACUAGAGAAGCAUCCUUACUGCAAAUCACUGCCCUGGAUGUCUUCAACACAGCACUCUUCAAUUUCCUACAGCAAUGUAUGUCAAAGCAAAUGUCUAUAACUCUACAGAAUUGUAUAGAUUUAUUUGAUUUUUAUACACACAAAAUAUACAUUAAAUAAAUAUAGCCUGCUGCAACUUAUUGUAUGAUGCAAAUUAAAAUGAUUUAUACA